UCUUGAUGUUCGAUGUUCUGGAUUCACUGUUCAGUCUUCUGUGGUGUAUAUUUCUCUUUUUUCGUGCAUUUGUAAUGGCACCAACGGCUGAUAAGAAGACAAAAACAGUAAAGGGUCUGCCCGCAGUACCCGAGUCUGUCUUGAAGCAUCGUAAAAGGCGCGAGUCUUCGAGAGCAAGUCGUUUACAAUCCGCCAUCAAAAAAAAAUCUGUACAAGUCAAGAAACGUAAAGAAAUUUUUAAACGUGCUGAGCAAUAUGUAAAGGAAUAUAGAUUAAAAGAGCGUGAUGAAAUCAGACUUAUUCGUCAAGCCAAAACUAAGGGUAAUUUCUACGUUCCUGGAGAGGCUAAAUUGGCUUUUGUGAUUCGUAUUAAAGGUAUAAACAAAGUUGCCCCAAAAGUACGCAAAGUUCUGCAGCUGUUCCGUUUGCUUCAAAUCAAUAAUGGAGUUUUUGUGAAAUUAAACAAGGCCACCAUUAAUAUGUUGAGAAUAUGUGAACCCUAUAUUACCUGGGGCUAUCCUAACCUUAAAUCAGUUAGGGAACUCAUUUAUAAGAGAGGUUUUGCGAAAAUAAACGGACAACGUAUUCCCAUUACCAGCAAUCAGAUUAUAGAAGACAGAUUAGGAAAAUCUGGAAUUAUUUGUGUUGAAGAUUUAAUACAUGAACUCUUCACAGUCGGCUCAAGGUUCAAAUAUGCAUCAAACUUCCUGUGGCCCUUCAAGUUGAAUACUCCAACAGGAGGGUGGCGUAAGAAGACCAAUCACUAUGUUGAAGGUGGUGAUUUUGGCAACAGGGAAGACAAGAUUAAUGAACUUCUCAGGAGGAUGGUUUAAAUCAUACUUCUUGUUUAUAUAAUAAAUUAUAUAAGUUUAA